AUGGCGUAUGCCUCGCCGCUGGCGAGCCUAGCUAAUUCCUCCCACUUCGACGUCUUGACGUAUUUAUCACCAGACAAACACAUUCUCCUCUUCACGUUGCUCGUCUUUGCCUCGCUAACCUCUUAUCUCUGCUCUCCUGCCGCGCCGCUCUUGUCCUUGGCUCAAUCCCACGUCCUUUACUCUCCUGGGCGCUCGCCAAGGGUUUUCACCACCAUGAGGUGUUCACUCGUUUACCUCCUGCUGUGUGUCCUGUUACUGGCGCUACAAAGCUUCUCUGGUAAGAUCAAAGCUACAAACCUGUCAAUCAUCGUUAUAUUUACGUACCACAUGAAAGCUGGACAGUUGGCUGCACUGCCCGGCAGGAGGGAGGAUACCGAAUCUUCCUGCCUUCCUGCCACGAGUCAGGAGGAAAAGGAAGACGAAGAAGAAGAUGAAGACAAGAAAAAGAUGGCGCCAAGGGCCAAACGAGAGCGGCGUCAAGGUACCGCCAGCGCCACUGUGUGUCAGGUGUGCAACAUCCGGCUCAACUCUGGAGCCCAGGCCCAGAUCCACUAUAAGGGCAAGACGCACCAGAGGAGGCUGCGCAGAUUGGCCAAGGUUGGCGGCACAGGUGCGAUGUCCCAAAACCAGGUUCACCCACUUCUGGGUUCCCUCCCAGUGCCGCUGUCGGGCCGAGCCAGCCUCCAACCGCACAACCACCUGGAGCACUUCUUGCCCCUCAGGAUAAGCGCAUCUUCACCCCUCAGCCUUUUCCCAAAUUUCAACACGAUGGAUCCAGUGCAGAAAGCGGUAAUCAACCACACUUUUGGCAUCGCGCCACCUAAGAGAAGAACAACUAUCACCUGUAAUAUUUGUCACCUGCGUUUUAACUCCACUAACCAGGCUGAGGCCCACUACAAGGGUCACAAACACACUCGCAAGCUGAAGGCCUUGGAGAACCAGAGGAACCGGCAGAAGAACAAGCCCAGCCAACCCGCAUCGGAGAGAGAGGAGGGGACUGCAGAGACGGACUUGAAUUCAAAUGACAUAACAGAUUUAAGCACAUCGUCGCAACUGGAAAUGGGCCUUGAAAAUUCCUUGACCCCUAAUCCCUGCACGACAGACUCCACUUCAAGCCACUCGCCUCAGCUGUCCCAGCAAUUCCCUCACGACCCUCCGCUUUCCCAUUUAACAGCGGAGGGGACGCCUGCGGAAGGCGACUCUCCCGGGCCUCCUGCUGUCAGGGAAGAAGAAGAUGAUGAGGUGAAGGUGGAAGAGAAGGAGACCAACAAAAAAUGUCUUCAUUGUCCUACAUGCAAAGUGACGGUCAACUCCAGCUCCCAACUGGAAGCUCAUUGUAGUGGUUCUAAACACAAGCAGAUGCUGCACAGUCCCAACAGCAGCCAAUCGCACCGCAGGAAAAAGAGGACGUCGUCGCCAAGGCGCCCCUGCCGACUAAUUAAGCAGCGGGUGGGCACCAACAAGACCAGGGAAGUAGUGGGUGUCACCGGCCAGCGCUUUCACUGCCACCUGUGCCAGGUGGCCGUUAACUCGGAGUCACAACUCAAACAGCACAUGAACAGCAGGAGACAUAAGGAGCAUUUGGCCGGGAAGCCUGUGAAGGCUAAAUUCACUCCCUAUAAUAAACUGCCGUCCAGCUCUGCAUUAGCGACAAAGCUGGCCUUCCAGAAGCAGCUGUGCAAGGCCCUCCCGGCAGGGUUCCUGACCAACGGCCUCAAUCCAGCUGCUCUUUGCACUUUGGCAUCGGCACCGCUGGCACUUCGACUACCGCAUGGUCCCACGGCCAUCAUCCACAGUCCCCUGAUUAGCCCCGCUCUCUUCAGGCCUGCCCCGGGACCCCUGAGGGCCACACACCCACCCAUUAUCUUCUCUCCUUAUUGA